AUGACCCAGGAGAACACCUUUGUCACCCCUGAACUGUCUCCAGCCCCAGAUGCCAAUGGGCUCCACACCUUCACCAUGAAAGAUGAACCCCUGUCCAUUCAAGGGCUCUUUGAGGACAUUGCCAGGUUGGGUACCCAGCCCUCAAGUGACAUUGAAGGAGGCUUCAGCCCCAUGGUCCCCUCUCCUGAGACAACUGCUCCCAGGGAAAGACUGUACCUCAUGGUAUGUGUGAGGAAGCAAGAGCUGGCACAAAUAUCCAUCAGCACUGAACAGGCAAAAGUGGCCUUACCGCGCCAAGCCGUGCCGAGCCGAGCCGUGCCGAGCCGAGCUGUGGGUACCAAGGUGCUCUGCCUUCCGCCCUCCCCGGCCGCCGGUGCCGGUGCUGCUGUCGAUGCCCCGGCGGUUCCCGGUGCCCCGGCGCUCCCGUCCCGCCCGUCUCCCAUUGGCGGCGGCCGGUCCCGCCCCGCCCCGCUCCCCCGCCGGGCGGCUAUAAACGGGCGCGGCGGGGCGGGCGAGCGGCAGCGGCGGGGCCGUGCCGGGCCCGGGAUCGGGACCGGGAUGGAGCCGGGGCUGGAGCGCUGGGCGCACGGCGCGCUGUGGGCGGCGCUGGCCGGCAGCCUGGCGCUGCGGGCGGCGCGGCGGGCGCCGGGGCCGGGCCGGGGGCUGGGGCCGCCGCUGGGCCGGGGGCUGGUGCUGCCGCUGGCGCUGCUGGCCGCGCUGCAGAGCCUGUGCCGCGCCUGGCUGCCGCUGCCCCUGGGGCUGGCCCUGGCCGCGGCCGCCGCCGGGCUGCUGCUGUGGCGGGCGGCGCCCCGCGGGCUGCUCCCGGUGGCGGGCAGAGCCGUCCUUGUCACAGGAUGUGACUCAGGCUUUGGGCAGGCGACAGCCCAGCACUUGGACAUCAUGGGCUUUCAGGUGUUUGCCAGUGUGCUGGACCUGCAGAGUCCUGGUGCCCAGGAGCUGCGCCGGAGCUGCUCACCGAGGCUGACGCUGCUGCAGAUGGACCUGACCAAGACGGAGGACAUCCAGCGUGUCCUGAAGCACAUCCAGGCCCACACCAAUAGCACAGGACUCUGGGGCCUGGUGAACAACGCUGGGUUCAAUGACACCAUUGCUGAUGCUGAGCUCUCGCCGCUGGGCAAGUUCCGUGCCUGCAUGGAAGUGAACUUCUUUGGCUCCCUGGAGCUCACCAAGGGGCUGCUGCCCCUGCUCCGAUCUGCCGGUGGCCGCAUUGUCACCGUGAGCAGCCCUGCAGGUGACAUGCCCUUCCCCUGCCUGGCAGCCUACGGGGCCUCGAAGGCAGCCCUCAGCCUGCUCAUGGACACCUUCCGCAGCGAGCUCCAGCCCUGGGGCAUCAAAGUCAGCCUCAUCCUGCCUGGCUACUAUAAAACAGGGACAACAUGUGACCCUGCCUUCUGGAACCUGCAGAAGCAGCAGCUGUUGGCCAGUCUGCCCCAGGAGCUGCUGCAGGCCUACGGCGAGGACUAUGUGGAGGAGAUCAACCAGCAGUUCAUCCAGUUCAUGAAGGUGGCAGUGGAGGACCUCAGCGCGGUAGUGAACAGCAUCACCGAGGGGCUUCUGGCUGCCAACCCAGCCGUGCGCUACUACCCAGGGCAGGGCCUUGGGAUCAUGUAUUUCAUACACCGCUACCUGCCCUAUUUUGUCCGAGACUUGUUCUUGAAAGGAUUCUUCAUCAACCCCAAGCUGCCCCGAGCGCUGCGGCGAGAGCACCACAACGACGUGAAGAAGGCCUGA